UGCUCAAUUGCUUCGGCUUGGGCGAGUUUGGCGUUUUUUGCUUCCUUCGCCCACUUUUUUUUUUUUUAGCACGGCUCCUACUUUUUCGAUUUUUGCUGAACGGAUUCAUCUAGAAAAGCAGAUAACCGAAGAGGUCACGAAUGAAUAGCGGGACGAUAAAAGUCAGUAGCAGAUAUCAACGCUAUGCUUUUUUGGCCCUUGCUUGCAAGAGGGAGGCGCGCUCAAACGGCUGGAAGUAGAGAAAGAGAAACAUGAAUUGGAUGCCACCAUUAGAGAAUUUGGCUCGUUUAUUUAGUGCUUGCAGGCAGCUGCACUCCCUGGCUUACCGAAAACAGUGGAAGUCUGUCCUGUCCUCUGCCUACCCCAUGUGUCCCAUUCAGCUGCAUCCGCUGCUCUGGCAUCCAGACACCACCUCACAAUUUAGGCUUUUUACCACCAAGGAGAGAGAGAAAUUGGGCAAAGUGAAAUUGAAACCUGUUCAGAUGAAAGCAAAGAAACAAGAGGUUGAGAUAAAGCGCACAAUGACUGUGGAGGAGCUUGCAAAAGCGAUGCAUAAGGAUAUAGAUCACAUAUAUGAAGCUCUGCUGAACACAGACAUAGAUUUAGAUUCACUAGAACCCGAUUCGGUCUUGGAAGUAAAUUGGAUCAAAGAUAUCAUUAAAAAAUCUGGCAUGCAGUACAAAUGGGCUGAACUGAAAGAAGAAAAAGUGAAAGAAAAUAAAGACGUGGUUAGAAGGCCUCUUCCAAAUCCAGCUUUAUUAACCCCCAGGCCUCCAGUUAUUACCGUAUUGGGCCAUGUUGAUCAUGGAAAAACUACAUUGCUUGAUAGCCUGCGAAAUACUAAUGUGGCAGCAAUGGAGGCAGGAAGUAUAACACAACACAUUGGUGCCUUUCUUGUGCAGUUGCCUUCCGGGGAGAAGGUAACAUUCUUGGAUACUCCUGGCCAUGCUGCCUUUUCAGCCAUGAGGGAAAGAGGUACACAUAUCACUGAUAUUGUUGUACUGGUGAUAGCUGCCGAUGAUGGUGUGAUGGAGCAAACUGUGGAAUCCAUUCAACACGCUAAAAAUGCUAAAGUUCCAAUCAUUGUUGCCAUCAAUAAAUGUGACAAACCUGAAGCUGAUCCUGAAAAAGUAAAGAAACAACUGCUGUCUCAUGAUAUUGUUUGUGAAGACUAUGGAGGAGAUGUUCAGGCUGUCCCUAUCUCUGCAUUAAAGAGCCAUAACUUGAUGAACUUAAAAGAGGCAAUUGUAACUCUUGCUGAGGUGAUGGAAUUGAAGGCAGAUAGCACAGGCCUUGUGGAAGGUAUUAUAAUAGAAUCUCGCACAGAUAAAGGGAAAGGUCCAGUGACCACUGCCAUUAUUCAAAGAGGCAGUCUGAGAAAGGGCUGUAUUUUGGUUGCUGGAGAAACCUGGGCCAAAGUACGACUGAUAUUUGAUGACAAUGGCAAAAUCAUGGAAAAUGCUUCACCUGGUUUGCCCACGGAGAUUGUGGGGUGGAAGGAGGUCCCUGCUGCAGGGGAAGAAAUCCUUGAAGUUGAAUCUGAGCAAAGGGCACAUGAAGUUGUUGAAUGGAGAAACUAUGUGAAACAGCAGGAAAAGAUCAAGAAAGAUCAAGAAAUUAUAGAAGAGAAGCAAAGGGCUCACCAGGAGGUCUACAAGAAGAAGCGAGAGGGUCUCAUGAACAUGAGCUGGAGAGAGAGAGUAUAUUUAACAAAGAAGAGCCAAAAGGAGUCCAUGACUAGGCAAUUUGAAAAAGAUAUUCAGAGUGACAAAAACAUGUUGCCUCUCAUUAUCAAAGGUGAUGUCGAUGGCUCUGUAGAAACCAUUUUGAAUAUUCUGAAAACCUAUGAUGCUGACGAAGAAUGUAUAUUAGAUGUGAUUCAUUGUGGAAUUGGGGAUAUUACUGAAAAUGACAUAAAUCUAGCAGAAUUGUUUAAAGGUAUCAUCUAUGGGUUCAAUGUUAAAGCACAUAAAUCUAUUCAGCAGUUGGCUGCCAAAAAGAAAGUAAAGGUGAAAAUACAUAAUAUCAUCUACCGGCUUGUGGAGGAUCUACAGGAAGAGCUCAGCAACACUUUGCCUCUUGGUGUAGAGGAGGAAGUGAUAGGAGAAGCUGCCGUUUUAGUCACCUUUGAAGUUGAUGUAGGAAAACAUAAAGUUCCAGUGGCUGGCUGCAGAGUACAGAAAGGACAACUAAACAAAAAAAUGAACUUCAAAUUAAUUCGCAAUGGAGAAUGUAUUUGGACAGGAUGCUUAUCGUCUCUGAAGCACCAUAAGGAAGAUAUUGUUAUUGCAAAGACUGGCAUGGAUUGUGGACUUAGUCUAAAUAAUAAUUUGAAGUUUGAAGUUGGAGAUGAAAUUGUUUGCUUCAGCCCAAAGGAAGUAAAGCAGAUAAUUUCUUGGGAGCCGGGAUUUUAAAUCAGAGUGACUAAAAUAUAGAGGCAAGAAAAUGAAUCUUCAUUCAAUAUCAUUCAAUCUUCAUUCAGUAUCAGACUAUAGAAUCUUUGGGAUAGUAGCUUACAUUGUACAAUUAACAGGAAUAUAUUUUAAACUUCUGCUGUUUCUAAUGUAAAAUUGGCUACAGAAAAUAGAAAAGUCUGCCAUUUCAGUAGAUAUAUGUGCUAUGAAAUAACAUUUUAAAACCUAAGUGUUCACUACAAGGAAAACCAAAACAUUACAUUUGUUAACUGCAAUUGUUUUUCAAUCAUUAUUAAAAAUGUUAGAUGAGGUGUUUUGCUAUCAAAAUUCUGCAUUAACACAAUUCUUCCAUAUAGACUAGUAUCUACACUUAUGGAUCCUGGGUUUUCUUAUUCAAUCUGCCUUUGAAU